AUGUCAGACACCACGAUAACACAGAAAGAUGCGGCUGCUUCGACUCCGAAGUCUAAAGAGACCUCUUGGUUCGAUGCCGUCCAGGAUGCGACCACGGAAAAGAAAAGCCUGCCAGUAUUCGAGAAGGGGCCGAGAUUCUUCACCAUCUUGUUUGUUCUCGCCCUCACCAGCCUCCUCACGUCUUUAGAGGCAACAAUCACUUCAACCGUCAUGCCAUCCAUCGUGGCCGAUUUGGCCGGAGGCGAAAACUAUAUCUGGAUCUCUAACGCCUAUUUCUUGGCUAUGACUUCUCUUUUGCCCAUGUUUGGCCAGCUCGCAAACGUGUUUGGUCGCCGGUGGCCCAUGAUCAUAUCAGUGGCCCUCUUCAUGCUCGGGAGCGGUGUAUCUGGCGGAGCCAAGAACAUGGUCUCCAUGAUCGGUGGCCGAGCGGUUCAAGGCAUUGGAGGCUCGGGCAUCGGCGUCCUCUGCGAGAUGAUCAUCUGCGACCUGGUACCGCUGCGCGAGAGAGGCACCUACUUGGGCAUGGUGCUCGGCAUGGUUGGUCUGGGAGCCGCCCUCGGCCCUCUCUUUGGUGGACUCCUCGUCAGCUACAGCACAUGGCGCUGGGCUUUCUACAUGGGCUUGCCCAUAGGCGGUGCUUCGCUGGUGUUGCUAUAUCUCUUCUUUCACGUCAAGUACGACAAGUCCUCUACGUUGGCCACCAAGCUCUCAAAACUCGACUGGCUAGGCAACGCCGUGUUCAUCGGCGGCACUACCCCGGUGCUCAUCGCCCUCAGCUGGGCCGGAAGCAAAUACCCGUGGUCUGCCUACCAGGUCCUCGUGCCGCUCAUCGUCGGCCUGGCCGCGAUGGGAGGCUUCAUUUGGCUCCAAACCAAUGCCCGCCUCGUGCCCAACCCCAUCAUGCCCAUCCACCUCUUUAGCCAUUCCGUCACUGCCCUAGUCUUCCUCCUCACUUUCCUCCAUGGCAUGAUCACUAUGUGGGCCUACUUCUUCCUCCCGGUCUACUUCCAGGGCGUCCUCGCCGCGAGCGCCUACCGCUCCGGCAUCAUGCUCCUGCCCACCAUCCUCGCCCUCCUGCCCGCCGCCAGCAUGGGCGGCGGCCUGCUCACAAAAUUCGGCCUCUACAAGCCCAUCCUCUUCGCCUCGUUCGCCUUCAUCGUCGUCGGCUUCGGCCUCUUCUCCAUCCUCGACGAGAACUCGAGCACGGGCGCCUGGGUCGGCUUCCAGGUCGUCGAGUCCUUUGGCGCCGGCCUGUCGCUGGCGGCUCUGCUCCCGGCCCUCCUGGCCCCGCUGACGGACAGGGACACGGCGCUGGCGACGAGCACGUGGGCGUUCAUGCGCAGCUUCGGCGUCAUGUGCGGCGUCGCCGUCGCGGGCACCAUCUACUCGAACCGCGCGUCGCAGCUCGCCGGCGCCGGCGCCAUCGCCAGCGACCCGGCCGUCGCCGCGCAAUUCAUGGCCGGCGGCGCGUACGCGGCGGCCGACCCCCAUCAUCUCGACUCGCUCUCGGCGCAGACGCGCGCCGAGGUCAUCGCCGUGCAGGCCAGCGCGCUCCAGCGGUCGUGGCAGGUCGCCAUAGCCUUUGGUGGGGUGGGUGUCAUCACUGCUGCUAUCAUGAAGCAGGUGGCGCUCCGGAAGGAGAACGACACCGAGUUCGGCAUGACGGAGAAGGUGGACAAGCCUACCGAGGAGGAGGCUAAAGGCACGGAAUCACCGGCCGCGUCGUAG